CGGACUAUGGAGGUACUACCUAGUGUACCUGCCCAUGCAGCUACCAUGUUAAUCGGUAUGCAUUUUAUUAGGCUAGCAAGGUUUUUAUGCCUACCUGGGCCAGCAUUGUAGCAACAUAUUGCGGAAGGAGGGGCAAUCUGCAACCCCUCUAAUUUCGUCCAAUUUUAAAAAUGGAGAUCACUUUUGACCGCCGCACCCUCAAAAGUCGCGACUUUCCAUCCCACUUACAGAAUAACUAACACUUUUAUAUUCUCUCCUUCCCAUACCUAAUAUCUAAAUAGACAGCCGCGAUCUUUUUCUGUUUCGCUUCAUAAAAAUUUCCAAUCAAAUCAAAACACCACUACCAACAAUAAAAAAUGGCCGUAGGAACUGUCCUGAUCACUGGUGGAACGGGUUAUAUAGGAUCCUUUACCUCGCUCGCUCUGCUUCAACAUGGCUACGAGGUCAUCAUCGUAGACAACCUAUACAACUCGUCCGAAGUCGCUCUUGACCGUAUCGAACUUAUUUCUGGCAAGCGACCUAUUUUCCACAAGGUUGAUCUCACCAACCAAGAUGAGCUCGACAAAGUCUUUGCUGCGCAUCCGGCUAUCGAUAGCGUUAUUCAUUUCGCUGCGCUCAAGGCUGUUGGGGAAUCUGGUGAGAUCCCUCUCGAGUACUACCGUGUGAAUGUCGGCGGUACCAUUUCCCUUUUGAGCUCUAUGAAGAAGUAUGAUGUUACCAACAUUGUCUUCUCUUCCUCUGCCACGGUCUACGGCGAUGCCACUCGCUUCGAGAACAUGAUUCCUAUCCCCGAACACUGUCCGAUCGGCCCGACAAAUACGUAUGGCCGCACUAAAGCUAUGGUUGAGAACAUCAUUGAGGACUUUAUCGGUGCCCAACGUCAAAACUUGAAAAAGGCAGAGAAGCCAUUUGAGCAAUGGAACGGCGCCAACUUGCGUUAUUUCAACCCGUGUGGUGCGCAUCCAACCGGCAUUAUGGGCGAGGAUCCUCAAGGUGUGCCAUACAACCUGUUGCCGUUGUUAGGCAAAGUCGCGACUGGUGACAGACCGAAGCUGCUUGUCUUUGGUGAAGACUACCCGUCCCGAGACGGAACUGCCAUCCGCGACUAUAUCCAUGUUGUUGAUUUGGCGAAAGGCCACUUAGUUGCACUGAACUACCUCAGGGAACACAAGCCUGGUGUCAAGGCCUGGAACUUGGGCUCCGGCAGGGGCAGCACCGUUUUUGAGAUCAUCAACGCAUUUAGCAAGGUUGUUGGUCGAGAUCUACCUUACGAAGUGGUACCACGAAGACAAGGCGACGUGUUGGACCUGACAGCUAACCCUACGCGAGCGAACCAGGAACUUCAGUGGAAGACAGAGCUCACCAUGGAGAAAGCAUGCGAGGAUCUCUGGCGGUGGGUGUCGAAUAACCCUAAGGGAUACAGACAGGACCCACCUGCCGAGUUGUUGGCUGGUAUCAAGGGCGAGACCUCUUGAUCACCUUUUAAUUGAUGAUUGGAUCGGCCGUGUCGAAUCGAAUCGAAUUGCUAUUCAAGUUUGAGGACAGAAAGGAGGCUUCCAUUUUUCCUAUAGAAUAGAUGAAUAUUCCCACAUUGGCUUUAUGCUUAUGGGCACAUUUUGCAAUGGAAUUUCAGACGGGUAGAUAAUGACGAUACGAAGAAGGAAAAGAAAAACUCCCAACAUGAAAUGUUGAUGAAUUAGAAAUACAUACAUACCUAACCUAGUACCUACA